AUGUCGAUAUUAUCGGUUAAAGUAACUAAAAAAUUCGUGUUCAUAAUAAUAAUUAUAAUCUGUUUAUUUUAUUUCACUUAUAUUUAUUUGAAUAUUAACGUUGGAAAUACCGACGAUAAGAUUUCUAAUGAAUCGAUAGCCGCGCCCCCACUCCUGUUAAACGGUCGUAAGCGUCCGAAACAAGGGUACGUCGUUAGCGCUGAUCGUAUAGAGAAGAACUGUGGUGAUAUAAAAAACAUUAUGAUUGAAAACUGUCUAAAGUAUCUUGAUGAAAACGAAGACGAUUAUAUGAUUUUAUUUCCCGCCACUGCUGGUGUCUCACCUCCUCCUCCCU